AAAAAGUGUUUCCUAAAAAUAGUUAUUAUGUGACAGAAAUAGUGUAUUUGUAAAUAAACUUUUAGAACUGCUCUAAAGUUAUUGUGUGGGAGUGUUCAAAAAAACAAUUCGCCUACUUCAAGAUACGCAAUAGUAAACAUGGACAACUACUAAGAAUCCAAUAUUGCGAAAAAUAAAAUGUAAACCCUUGACCUUGAACCAAUCAAGCCACCAUUCUGAAAAUAUGCUGUCAACACCAACGCAAACUAUACUGUCGACCGAAAAGAGCAUAGACGUGAGAUUUUGGGACUACUUCAACAUGGAAGUGCCACAACCAAUGAACGCGUCCGAGAUAGCGGAUGGGCCAAUGAACGUCUCGGCCAGCGUUCUCAUGGCCAAUCCGCAGCCGGGGUUCAUUGUGGGCGUGUACAGUGUGUUGCUCGUGAUUGGUGCGUUGGGGAACGUGGCUGUGUUCACGUCGCUGGUGCGCUCGCGCCGACGCAAGUCCAGAGUUAACUUGCUGAUGACGCAUCUGGCCUCGGCCGACCUCAUCGUCACAGCCUUUUGUAUUCCACUUGAGAUCGGCUGGCGAACCACCAACCAGUGGUUGGCGGGAAACUUCGCGUGCAAGUUCUUCCAGGUCAUUAGGGCCUUCGGACUGUACCUCUCAUCCAACGUACUCGUCUGCAUCUCACUGGACAGGUUCUUCGCGGUGCUGUACCCGCUGCGGCUGGCCAUUGCGAGGAAGCGCAGCAAGACCAUGCUGGCCUGCUCCUGGAUCGUGGCCCUCCUCUGCAGCGCGCCGCAGAGCCUAGUGUUCCGCGUGAUGAGUCACCCGCAGCUGCCGGAGUUCCAGCAGUGCGUGGCGUUCGACGCGUUCUCCAACCGCCACCAGGAGACCGCGUACAACGUGCUCUGCCUCGUCGCCAUGUACUUCCUGCCGCUGUUGAUCAUCACCGUCUGCUACGGCUGCAUCUUCUAUGAGAUCUCCAAGAAUUCUACGGUUGUUUCUGACAAAUGCGGUGACUCGGAGCGCAGUCGCAUCAAGCUGCGGCGGUCGGACGAGCGGCCUCUAGCCCGGGCGCGGCGCCGCACGCUGCGCAUGACCGUUACCAUCGUGAGCGUGUUCGCGUGCUGCUGGCUGCCCUACGCCACCAUGACGCUGUGGUACAUGCUAGACCGCAGUUCAGCAGAGCACGUCUCCUCCAGGCUCCAGGAUCUGUUCUUCAUGAUGGCAGUGUCCAACUCCUGCAUGGACCCGCUGGUGUACGGGUCGUAUGCGCUGAGUCUGGACAUGAAGAACGUACUCGCGAGCACGUUCAGGAAGAUUCUGUGCUUGACAACCGCGUCGCCUGAUAUUCAAGCCGUGUCGACCCCGGGAACGCUGAAGAGUAAAGCCACUGCAGUUCUGCAGCCAGAAUGUAUUGGUGUCACGAAGCGUGCACAGCGGUUCACGGUCCGAUUCGAGGAGACUUCGUUUGUCGCCCCGAGCGCCGGGUCCGACCCGUCGCCGUGGGGCGAAAACAAAGAUGGCGGCUGCACGUUGAAGCCUUCGCGAAGUUGCGAAGUGUUCACGCUACACUCCACGCCGCGCCGACUACGGGCUUCUCUUGACAGCUCCGAGACAGAACCCAUCAGAUUUGCAAGACCAAGCUGACUUGAGUCUGGGAAUACGCUGCCAAAUCAAAAAGACAAUAAGUAAA